GGCGCGCGGCGUCUCGUGGCCGGCGCGCUGUACGAGCGCGGGAUGAUCGGCCCGAUCGACGAGACGGCCAUCGCCAUUUGUGACGGGCAGAGAUUGGUGAACGGCGCCUUCGGAGACACCGAGGCACACGACCCCCCGAUCGUGCGCGAGGACGGGGUGAGCAGGCCAGCGUUGCUGCUGAUCAUCCGCCCCACGCCGGCCAACGCGUGCCAGAGAUGCGCCGCCAGGGGCUCGCCCGAGAUGCUGAGCACGGGGCAGCUGUGCGAGCUGGCGCUGGCGCCCGGCGGGGCCCUGCCCUGGACAGGAUGGCCUUCUUCAACGUCUUCAGGGCGCGGCCGGCGUGGUGGCCCCACCUGGCGUCGGGCCUUCUGGCGCCGGCGCGGCUCGCGGAGGGGGGUCGGCGACGGCUCGACCCGCGUCGCGCUCAGGGUGAUCGCCAUGGGCUGGAUCAGCGCGUUCGGCGCCACGACCAACUUGCACGGGAAUAUGCUGCUGCGCUCCAGCGCGGUGCCGCGGGGGCUGGCGCCCGGCGUGGAAUUCGCGCGUAGGAGGCGACUGCCGUUUGGCUGUAGGCCGCCCCCGUCCACGGCUGGGUUCGUCUACGACGGGGGCCUCGAGAUCGCGGAGGUCGUCUCGGCAAAGGAGGCCGAAGCGCUGGAGGACAGGGCGCCGCCGCUGCUGAGGUGGGCGCGCGAGUGCUGCGAGGCGGCGGGCCCCCCGGGGUCGCUGGGCAGGGACGUGUUCCGCUUCGCGAAACUGGCGACCCUCGACGAGCUGAUCGACGGCGUCGAAGGCACAAGGAGCCCCCUGCAGGGCUGCGUCACUGAGCUCACGGGCCUGACCUCCUGGGCGCUCGGCAAGCGGCGCGCGAGCAGGCGGCUGGCGCAGAUCUUGUUCAGGCGCUGGGUGCAGGCGCGCGAGGGGGGCGCGGCGCUGAUCUCGGCCUUCGCGUGGAUCGACGGCGCUGGUCGAGUCGAGGGCGACGCCGCCCGGGUCGCGCAGCGCGCCUACCCGAGCAUCAAGCACCAGGGCGACAUCGCGCUAGCAGACCCAAAGGCGUUGGUGCUGCGCCUGAGAGAGCACGGGCGAGUGACUUGGAUGCUGGCGGUGGGCGGCUGCCCCUCUCGGGGCCACGCGGUGUCUGACGUGGGCCGCAAGGGUAGCGACGCCCCGAGGUCGCAGCCGGCGGGCCACCUGAUGUGGUUCAUCGAGGGCCUGAAUCGCGAGGUGCCCGAGGUCGAGGUGCUGCAGCUCUAUGCCAUAUUCUGGCGCGUGCCGCUGGAGCUCGUGGCUGGCGACAUGGGCUGGGAGCGGUGGCGGCGCUUGCUCUGCACAUGGGCCUCCUGGGACCUGCUGCCCUCGUUCGAGGCUGCCGCCCCUUGUCCGCUGGGCCCCGCCAAGUUCGCCACGCCCCAUGUGAGUUCGGCGGCGAAGACUGAGCCCGAGAAGUGCGAGGCGCUGCGGCGAUCGCCCUUCGGGAACUCGUUCCAGCGCGUUGUGGAUGCGCG